AUGAGGAUGGUCCACUGCAUUCUUUCUACAAGCCUAUGCAUUACAGGUAUUUUGACUGAUGUAAAUUCUCAAAGUCUAUUAAAAGCGGAGGAGCUGGAGAGACAGUUAUUGAACGCAGAAGACAUCCUUAUGAUGGAACAUCUGAGGAGACAAGGAUUCAUUAUAUAUCCAAGCAAGGCUUCUGGUAGAGCUUUAAAUGACCUCUCCUUACAUUAA